AUGUCGAAACAAUAUCUCUCUUGGGGCUCCGCGGACAAUGCGCAUCUUGCCGAUAUUUUCUCACUGGCGGUGACAGAUAAGCAGAUUCUGUCUGCCUCGGGCGCCUCCUCCAUCAAAGUGCAUUCUACCACUGAUACCGAGUUCCCGUUGAUACAGUCUAUUGAUGGCGCUCACAGCACUGGCUGCCACCAUCUUGUGACUGAUGCGCAAGGUAUCCGAGCGGUCAGCGCUGGAUUUGAUGGACAAAUCAAGGCCUGGUCUUGUCACGAUGAUCAUUGGGUGGCAGAUAAAAAAGUGACUGCCGACCUCAGUGGCGCGGAUGCUUGGGCGAUAGCACUUUCUGAAGACGGGCAAUAUCUUGCUGGCGUCACACAAGAAGGGCGCGUCAAUGUAUGGGAUUUAGCUGCAGAUGCCACUCGGAUUCGAGACCAUGAGACAAAAGGCAGCUUUGGUAUUUGCAUUGACUUGUCUCCCGAUGGUCGAUUGAUUGCUACUGGUCACGAAAAUGGCGCAGUCUACAUAUUCACGACUGAGACAGGCCGCAUGCCGUUUUCCCUCUCAGGCUUGGUCAACCCUGUGCGGGCCGUAGCUUUCUCCCCACGGAGCAAAAUUCUAGCAGCAGCUGGCGAUUCCAAGGUGAUUGUACUGUACGACACCUCAUCAGGUGAACAAAUUGCCAACCUCUCAGGGCACACUGCGUGGAUUCUGUCCCUCUCCUGGAGUAAUACAGGCGAAUACCUUCUGAGCAGCUCAUUUGACGGCAAGGUCAAGGUCUGGUCCAUGGAAACCAAAACCUGCGUUGCCACACACUCAGAAACAGAAAAGGCCGUUUGGAACGCCAGAUGGCUUCCUAAGAUCGGUAAGACAGAAGGGUUUGCGACUGCUGGCGCGAACCGCAGCAUUGCAUUUUACCGCGAGGCCACUGGUUAA